GCGACAAUGCGCUCUCAAUUAUUGUUUUCAACUCAUCGCCUCGCAAGAUGUUUCGGACAUCGAUGUUCGAUUUUUGCCACUACAAGUCACGAAAAUGCUCUAAUUUCUACUCAAAAAUCGAUUAUUUCAAUGCAAACAAGAGCGAUUCAUUUGACUAGUUUCAAAUUUAUUCGAGCGAGACAUACGGAUGAUAAACAAGAAAAAAAUCAAAAUGAAGGCGAAGAUAAUCAAAAAGGAGAGAACAAAACUACCGACCAGCAAGACGGCCCGAAAAAAAUCGAUCCAUCAGUCAUUAGAAAACUGAGAAUAUAUGUGUUGGCAGUUGCUGGGCUAUCAUUUGUCACGUCAUUCAUUAUGCUCUCGCAAAUGUUCACAGGAGAUCGAAAUUCUGCAGAUGGUUUGACAAAUGAAGAUUUUACUAGGCCAGGAAUCCCUAUGAAAACGUUCAUCGACAAAUAUUUGAAGCACGGCGAAGUUCAACGUAUCGUGUUCGUUCCAAACAACUCUAGAGCAAUCGCCAUUCUCCAUCGAGGCGCCGUUAUUGACGGAAAAGCUGCCUCUGAAGCGUCGGUAAUUGUUGAAUAUCCUCAAAACGCUCAACAGUUCUGGGCUGAUGUUCGCCGAGCAGAAGGAGAAAUUGGAAUUGGACUAACAGAAGGAGUCCAAAUCGAUUUGUAUCAAGGAAUGACAACUGUCAAAAUGAUUCAACUUAUCAUUGGAGUGGUGAUUCUUGCAUGGUUAGGCACUCAAUAUGGUCGUCUUCUUCGUAAAAGACUUUUGGAGAAUCAAGCGAAAAAAGGAAAAAACUAGUUCAAAAUUUAACGUGUGUUGUAUAACUUAUCAUUGCAGAUUGACUCGGUUUUAUGUUAUUUCCUAUUGCUAGUAACUCUUUCUGAUAGUAAAGUUUUUCAAACUGU